CCGGCUUACUUCAAGUUAAUGCAAUAACACCGGGCAGGGCAACUGAGGAAAACAUCCACUCUCUCUGUUGGAAGUUCAGCUGUAGGAAAACCAGGAACUAAAUCACUGCUGCAGACAUCGGGGUCCAGGAGUAUGGAGGAUCCUGGUCUGGUCAGAUGUGACAGCCUGGACAAUGGGACAGGGUCUGACUGGGAGGGGAUGACUCUGAUGGAUCACAUGACUCUGGACCCUGAGGGCUCUGAACCAGCAGCAAACCUGGAGCCUUCCCCAGCAGAACUGGCUCAGUGUGAGGCUGAAGUGGGCACACUGCUGAGCAUCAUCGCUGAACUGAACAAGAAGAUGGGCUCUUUAAAGGCACCAAGUGAAUCAGGAGACUUGAGACCAGCAGGACCACCUGGGCCUCUGGUUCCGGACCUUCUGUCCCACAGACUAGCCCGAAACACUCCAGAGAGGACCAUGGCAUCUGCGUCUAAACCUCCACUGAGUGGCCGAGGGGGCGGCGGUGUAGUGUGGACUAAACUUCAGGAUGUUUUAUCUUCACUUGAGACCUCCAUCAGCUGUAAGAGGUCCUGGGCGGCCCCCAUCACAGCUUUGGACCAGGACAAGCACAGAGAGCAUCUGAGGGCAGCCCAGGAGAGCUGGGUCAAGUCCAGCCAGAUAUUGGAGGACAUGGAAAAAGAGUUUGGGAUUUCAUGCCCAGCAGGGCCUCCAAAGGACCAGAAUCAAGAAAAUGUCCUGGAUGUGGAGAUGCGUGACUCUGCUCACAGAGGCAGCCUGCAGGGUCACCAGGAGGAGCUGCAGAGAGCACAAAGCUCCAUCGGUCAGAUUGAGGAGGAGAGGAACAAGCUGGUUGGUCUUCAAAAGUCCUGGAGGUCAGGCAGUGUCUCUCCCUCCUACAGACCCCCCAUCGGGCCUCUAAGUCCAGACUGGGCCUCUCCGCCCUUCCCUGGUUCACCUUUACUGAGCAGGAGAUCAUCCAGAGCUGUAACCCCUCUGCCUCUGAGUGGAGAUGGUUCUCCUCUGGGUUCUAUUCACUCGUGCAGUCCAUGUCCGAGUCCCAUCAGCCCCGAGUCUGAAACUGAACGACUCAGCAGGUGCAUUGAAAGGCUGAAGGCCAGAAAUGAGCGUCUGACUGCAGCUCUGGAGCGAAGGAAGGCCGAGUCAGAGCAGAUGAGUAUCAAAGUGAACAGACUGGAGGCUGACUGCUGCGCCCUGCAAACGGCUCUCAGAUACAGCGAGGACUGUGAGGAGGCCUACAGUGAACUGCUGUCGAUUUAUGACUCCAAGAAGCAGCAAAGCAUUCCAGACUCAGCAGAGAAAGUCAGUGACAGGCAGCACCCCGACAGCCCAUCAGCUCAGCUCAGGAAAAUGGGAACUGAGGAGCUGUCCACCUCCUUCUCAACAGCAGGGGGAACAGAGGAGACGCAAACACAGAGGCACAUGGGGCAGAGGACACCUGAGCAAGUGGAGAAAGAAGCCGCUCUCCGUCAGAAAAUUGAGCGUCUGAAGAGAGACCGUGCAGCCAUUUGCCCACCGAUCCCGAGUAAAAGAGAUGAGGGGAAAAUGAACCCAGAAACUGCUAACCUGGCUGGAUCAAGAAGGGAAGCUGUGACUAAAGAAAGCCUCAAACCUCCAGACACAAAGAAAGAGAAAGCUUCACUCUUCUAUGAACUCAUUUCUGUCAGGGAGGAGAUGUCUGAUCUGCGGGCUCUAAUACGCCUUAAGGAGAAAGAGUUGAGGUGUCUGGAGUGGAGUUUGAUGGCCCAGAAGGCACAGGAAGCAGCCGGAGCUUUUGUUCCUGAAAGUCUCAGAGAGGAACUGGAGGAUCGUACAACUGAACAACAGAGGCUCUGUGAUAAUGCAGCUAACCUGAGUGGUGAGGGGGACACAGCUGGACCUCGUUCCAGACCCAUCCUGAAAGAGCUGCAGGCUGUCCUGCAAAGGGAACAGGCCCUUAAAAAGAGACUAGCGUUAGUCCAGGACUCACUAAACACAGCCUUGUCAGACAGCAGCUCUCACAGGAGGGACAAUGGGGAGCAGUUUGCCCGGCUGACACAAGCUCACAGUAAAGCCCUGAGUUCGUACCGGCAGAUUCGUAGAAAGUAUCGGGAGCAGGUGUGGAGGCUGGAGCAGAAAGUGGCGGCCAUGAUGGAGAGUCACCAACAGCAGAGCGGAGCACAGAAGGCUGCAGGAGAGGCAUCAGAGUGGAGGAGGGAGGAGACGAUUCUAUGAUCAACCAGUGAAUAAGCUCUAUCCAUUUUACUAUUGACCAAAAUAUCCAUAGCUUAUAUGUACAGCUUUCUUUAAAGUUCUCCAUUUCUUACAGCGUACAGACUUUAGGCUAAUCCUAAUAGUUUGAUUAGUCUCACAAGAACUCUGAUUUUAAAACUAUUUAGCAAAUGUUAAUGAGCUAAAAUGCUAAGUUAAGAUGGUGAGCAUUAUAAACAUUAACCCUCUUAACCACAUGUUAACAUGUCAUUGUGAGCAAGCAUGCUGACAUUAGCACUGAGCUAUUACACAGCUGUCAUAAUGCUGCUAGCAUAGAUGAAUGGACGCAUAUAUGAACUGUAUUAGAUAACCUAAAAUUAAAAAAAGUACCCUUUUGGAUGUUUUGUGUAACUAUUUAACAACAUAUUUACAAAAACAAACAAACAAAAAAAAACAAAACUGCUUCUUUGUAUUCUUAAAUAAAAAUCUGUCAUUAU